AUGGGCGCCGCGCUGUCCACGGGGCGGUCGGUGACCGUCACGCAUCGCCAGGACGCGCUGGCGCGGCUGCGGGAGCGCGCGCACUCGCUGCUGCAUCUGUGGGUGCGCUUCUGGAUCUUCGCCACGGGCCUGGAGCGGCACGAGGAGCUGGCGUGGCGCCUCGUGCAGCAGCUCAAGCACCGCGUGGUGCGUACGGCGGCCGAGAAGCGCGCGUUCGUGCACCACGUGACCAUGACGCUCGUGGAGCUCUGGCUGCGCACACUGCGCGCGGUGGUCGUGCCCGACGUGUUCGCGCGCUACCUGUGCGCGACAUUCGUGCUGCACAUAAUCUACGAGCUGCAGUCGGUGGCUCGUCGGGUGCUGGGCAACGCAUGUCUGCGCCUCACAGCCAAGGGCAGACGCACGCUCAGGCUGCGCCAGCAGCUGGAGAACGUCAAGUCCUUCCAGGAACGCCAGUCCAUCGCCGGCGAGCUGGACAAGCUCGAGGGCAAGGACAAGUGGCGCGAGGACCCGGCGUCCGGACUCUUCCUCUACGAGAGGGUCAUGAACAAGACGCAGAUGUACAAGAGGCUCAAGCUCGAGAACGACGUCAUGGGACUCAUGUUCGCGCUGCGAGCCGGACUGCUGAGGAAGCACUGGGGGCUCGGCAACCCGAGACUGUACUCGGUCAGCAAUGGUACGCUCGCUGCUGGCUUAAAUAGGCACCUUAUCGAGGAGUAUCUGGACACGAUUGUGCAAGCGAUGAACGUCGUGCUGCGCGCGAAAGGGACGGAGGAAGAGAACAACGACGAGCUGUCCAUUGACAAUAAGCUGGCGUUCUUCAGCGAGACCCGUCACGCAUUUGGGCGGUCAGCAUUGAUGCUAUCAGGCGGUGGAGCGCAUGGAUUCUACCACGCCGGAGUGAUCAAGGCACUCGUGGAGAAUAACUUGCUGCCGAAUGUGAUUGCAGGAUCCUCGGCUGGUUCGAUCUUGGCGGGGGCGAUUGGAGUUCGUAACGAUGAUGAGGCGCUGGGUUUUUUAUCAGGAGAAUCCGUGAACUUGAACUUCUUGGGACCGAAUAUCACGGAGCAGGACCGAGUCGAUUACACGCCGUCAUUCCUGUCCCCCGCAAAGUUGCUGCUGCCAAAGGGUGGGUUCGAGGUCAUUCGAGAUGCCUUCAUUCUUCUCAGUCGAUUCCUAGACAAGCACUAUGUGCUGGAUACGAAAACGCUCCGGGACUGUUUGCGAAGUGCCAUGGGUGACUACACUUUCAGAGAGGCCUAUGACAGAACGGGUCGGAUCAUCAACAUCACAGUGACCCCGCUGAGUGCUGAUGAUUAUCCGCAGCUCCUCAACUAUCUUACAGCCCCGAACGUGAUUAUCUGGUCAGCAUCCCUAGCUUCGUGUGCGAUUCCUAAUGUGUUCCGUCCAGUGGAGCUGCUGGCCAAGGACGAGCAUGGAAACAUUGUUCCCUAUUUCCGUGAGGGUUUGAAGUGGAGUGACGGUAGCGUCGAGUGUGAUCUGCCCAUGGAGCGUCUCUCGGAGCUAUUCAACGUUAAUCACUUCAUUGUCAGCCAAGUCAACAUUCACUACAAGAUUGUGUCUGGUCACUCAGCGUUUGGAAAUGGACAGACCGGCAGUCUCAUGAGCUUCUUGAAGAAGCAGAUGAAGGCCUACAUCAAAAAUAUCGCUGAGUUUGGCCUAAACACUUCCGUUCUGAAGUUCCUCGACAUCGGGCUGGUCCCUUUGAUCACUCAGAAGUAUGAGGGCGACAUCACCAUCUGCCCCACUGACAAGAUCUCCGCUGUGAAACUACUGCGGACAGUGCUAAGUAACCCGUCCCGUGAAACUUUUCCAGAGAUUUUGCUGGCCGGUGAGCGAGCGUGUUGGCCUGCUCUCGCUCGAAUUCGCACCAUGUGUCGUGUCGAGUUUGCCUUGGAACGCGCUGUAAGAUACUUGCGAGGCGAGCAAGCACUGGAAGACGAACGACGAAGUGGGCGGAAGGCCAUUGGUCGUGUGCCUUCAUUCUACACCUCUCCGAGCUCUAUGAACUUGUCCAACCUGGAUCAGUCGCCUCCUACACCACGAAACUACGCGUCACCACCACCCAGCGAGGGGAGGCGUACUCGACACGCCAGUCUUGACGAUGCAGAAUUUGUGGACGCAAUGGGCAGUCCAGUCGCUAAUCCCAUGCGCCGAAACAGGUCGAUGAACAUUGCAGGCGCCGUCCUGUCGAUAGAUGGAGGUGCCAACGCUUCCGACUUCAGCCACUUUGAUCUGUAA